AGAAUGCAGUACGAGGUCCAAAGAUGCCAAUGGAAAGAAUGCGAGAGACUCGAGCGGACGAUGAUGUAUUCAAAGCGUGGACUUUGGACAACUGCGGUGAAUGCUAUUUGGCUCUCGCUCGAAGUCAAAACCUCCUCUCGUGCCUUGUCUGAUGUCGUCCAUUCGGCAUUCCCUCCUUGUUUCUUUUGUGUUGUUGUUGCUCGUCCGCUCAAUCUCUAUCUCCUCGCUUUCUCCAUUCUUGCAAGUCACAUCCGAAGUUAAAUCAAAAUCCCCAUGUACUUUCAGCGGCCCAUGCUUUUGUUCGACUUGUCCCGUGUCAAUCAUCAAUGGUUCGUUCACAUUUUACCCAUCCACCAACGCAGCAUGUGUGGUACAGAUUCAAAUGUUUGAUGCCAAAAUCAACAGAAGCUCUGACACUGAUUGGGCGUCGGACCAUAGGAGGACAAGCCGAUGCAGAGGAUGUAACACUGCCUCAUAGAGGACUACCAUCGAGAGCCACUUGUGUUGUGAUUGACCUCAAGGUGUCACUACUUACAAAUAUAGGCCAGCAUGCCCAACCAAUAGCAUCACAGAUAU